GGCCAAGGCUACUGUGCCGGCGAAACAACGCCCGGAAUCUGUCACCAACAUCUUCAUCGACUUCCCGUCAAAAGAGAAGAAGAUGGAAACGAGCCAGUAAAUGAUAUACGCAACGAGAGCUUCCAUUGCAAAUUGCAAUCGGGUUUCAUUUCUGCGUCCAGACAACCAUUUGAUGAACUGAUUAUAGGACCGGAAUGAAAACUAAACAGACGUCUCUAUUUACUGCCUCCAUGAAGUCAAAUCAUAAAACGAGCGUUCAGCCUAGAUAAGCUCAGAUCGAGUGCGCCAGAGGAACGCGUGGAUCCCUUGGAAACGGAUUUCGCGGGAGCGAAUGCCGAAUGGCGCUAUUUCCGCACUCCAUUUUGAGACAUCAUACUUGAUAUAUCGCAGUUCUCCGCCACCUGUUUGUCUUCCGUCCGGUGUCUUCCGUGACUAACUAUGGCCAAGAACGCCUACCAAUCGCAACAUCUCCACGAUUCGUCACUUCUCUUCGCCAAAUGCCGGACAUCUAAGUCCGGGGUGAGCGCACCGCAAAUACUU